UUAUUCUAGAAAGGUGCUGACAUAUGUUGCAUGAUUCCAUGGACCACACCGUUCCUGACAAAGUAACACUGACGUUCAACACCACGCGUUUUGGAGUGAAACUGGCAGAUGGUGUCUUUGAGGCUAGUACCACAAUUGGCGAAAUUCAUGCAAGGCUACGAAAAAAAUUGCUCAAAGCUCUAACUGACGAUGUGGGCCAUAAUCGCCAGGGGAGCAGCGGCGGCGGAGAUUUCUACGCGUCCACCACGAUGACCCAUUUCUUUAUCCGCAAUGGCACAGAGGCCUUUAUCCCCGCUCCUCAUCAGACGCUGGAGGAGCUACUAAAAGUGUGCACUACGUCGAAAGAUUUGCGCACUCUAGCGGCAACCAUCGACCUUGAAGUGUUCUGUGGAUAAAUUUGCAAUCUCCAACAAUAUAUAUACAUAUAUAUAUCUUGCAUAUGAGCGUA